UAUACAAAUCCAAGCAAAGGAUCAAUGGUGGUGGAAGAAGCUUGCUUGUGAGUUGUGAGAUAUAUAUCCAGCGACGGUGAGUGAAGCACUGAACCAUUAGAGUGAUUAGUGAGAGAGAGAGAGAGAGAGUGACGUGUUUGUGUGUGUUUACGCUUUCUAGGCUUUUCUUCGCCGCUUCCACAGCGUGAAUCGAGUUUUGUUUCCCCCAGAUCUCAUCUCUUCCGUGUUUGAUUCACUCGAAAUCUGCAGGCGAAUCGGGAUUCAGAUCUCGUUUUCGCUUGCACUUAGGUUUUGAAUCAAAUCGAGAUCUCCGGAUCUGAUUGUGUCGGUGUUCAAUUUUUCUAGCAAAAUUCGAGCUGAGUUUCAAAUCCAAAAUUAGUUCAGAGAUGGAGAAACCCGAGAGCGAGAAGAAAUCGCCGGUGUCUGACGUCGGUGCAUGGGCUAUGAAUGUAGUCAGCUCCGUCGGAAUCAUCAUGGCUAAUAAACAGCUCAUGUCCUCCUCUGGUUUCGGAUUUGGCUUUGCUACAACUCUUACGGGGUUUCACUUUGCCUUCACUGCACUUGUUGGCAUGGUCUCGAACGCCACAGGACUAUCAGCAUCUAAGCAUGUUCCUCUUUGGGAGCUUCUCUGGUUCUCAAUUGUAGCUAACGUCUCCAUUGCUGCUAUGAACUUCAGUCUUAUGCUCAACUCUGUUGGCUUCUACCAAAUUUCGAAAUUGAGCAUGAUUCCGGUGGUAUGUGUCUUGGAAUGGAUUAUACAUAGCAAGCAUUACUGUAAAGAAGUGAAAGCUUCUGUAAUGGUUGUGGUUAUUGGUGUUGGGAUCUGUACAGUGACUGAUGUCAAAGUUAAUGCCAAAGGUUUCAUUUGUGCAUGCACUGCCGUUUUCUCCACAUCUCUGCAACAGAUUUCAAUAGGUUCUCUGCAGAAGAAGUACUCAGUAGGAUCUUUUGAAUUGCUGAGCAAAACAGCCCCAAUCCAAGCCAUUUCACUUCUCAUCUUUGGCCCCUUUGUUGACUAUGUCUUGAGCGGCAAAUUCAUAUCUACUUACAAGAUGACUUACGGUGCCAUCUUUUGCAUUCUUCUCUCCUGUGCAUUAGCUGUUUUCUGUAACAUAAGCCAAUAUCUCUGCAUCGGAAGAUUCUCAGCUACAUCCUUCCAAGUUCUAGGGCACAUGAAAACAGUCUGCGUACUCACAUUAGGAUGGCUUCUCUUUGAUUCCGAGAUGACAUUCAAGAACAUAGCCGGGAUGGCCAUAGCAAUUGUUGGAAUGGUGAUCUACAGUUGGGCGGUUGAUAUAGAGAAACAGAGAAACGCAAAGUCAACGCCACACGGCAAAAACAGUAUGACAGAAGAUGAGAUAAAGCUACUGAAAGAAGGAGUUGAGCAUAUCGACUUGAAAGACGUUGAGCUCGGUGACACUAAACCGUAAAAGUGUGUGCGCUUAUCAAAUUACACGUCGAAACUGAUUUUGAAUUCUUUAUACAAAUAUUUCCUUUGUGUGCCAUUUACAGUACUUGUUCUUUCCACGUUAGAUCGUGUUGGGCCUUUAGAAAGCCCUUAAACCCUUCUUUGCUUAUGUACAAGACCCAUCUUAAAUAGUGAGUGUUCAUUCUAUUCAAUAUAGUAAGUAAUACAUAAACGUCAACUGAAA